CUGUCUCAUCGUCGCCAACGCACGACAAGCCAAGAGUGGUUUUAGGUUUCCGGUUGGGCUGGAUAUUAUCAAGUCUCUUCCUCCACCACCACCGCUGUAA